AUGAAAGCGUCAAUAUGGGUUGUAGCAAUUAUGAUUGCCCCAAUCCUUGCCUCACCUAAGUAUCGAAAGAAGUCGUGGUCAUCCAGCGCCAAGCCAACAAACACAUGGUCAUCGUCACCGCCUGGUCCAUCGGAUACUAAUGGCUAUUCCAGCGAUUACUCAAAUGAUUACUCGAAGAAAAAGUCUACCGGAAAUGCGAACCAAUACCAAGCAAACCAAUUUUACCAACAGCCAGCGAGUUCAAACGGUGCUUCUGGCUCCAGUGACACCUACCCGCCCAGCCAGACUGGAAGUCUAGCCUCCGGAAAUAUCGCCAAUGGAACCGUGAUCUCAAGCGGAAGCAUAACACUUCCCGCCGGCUGUCAGCAAAAGAAUGAUAUCGGAAUCGGCUGGCUCCCCAGCGACACCUCCCUCUCAACCAUCGAAGGCAGUCUCGGCGCCCCCUCGUGCUGGGACGGUCAAUAUGCUCAAAUCACCACCACAGGCGCCUACACAGAUUCCAACCAACAACUUCUUGGGCAUUUAAAAGACAUCAGCAACCCCGCCAACACCAUAUUCGUAGCCUCCGUCAUGCCCACGAUCUCCAUGUCUCAAGUCGACGACACAGUGGCUCAAGGCGUUGCCAACGUCCUUAGCCAGUUCACUACUAAGGGUAUUGAAGUUUGGCUUCGCUAUGCGCACGAAAUGAACUACUACACCACCUCCGGCUCUGAAGGCGGUCACUACGACGGCAAUCCCGACACCUUCAAGACGUCUUGGGCAGCCAUGUCUCGCGCUGUCAAAGCAAACGCCAAGAUCAAGAUGUUCUGGUCCCCCAAUAGCGGGAGCCCUGACGAUCUGCAGCAAUGGUAUCCCACCGAAGGUCAGGUAGAUAUGGUAGGCAUCGACAUCUACCCCAAGGAGCAGCAGUCAUUUGCGGAUGUUUAUGGGGCGUUUUGUCAGAAAUUCAGUUCUGCGAGUAUUCCUUUCGUGAUUGGGGAGACAGGGGCUGGGCCGAGUUUGAAGGACGGGUGGUUUAAGGAAUUGGUGAGUCCAGAGGCGAAGACGGCUUGUCCGAAUUAUUUGGGGUUUUCGUGGUUUGAGUAUGAUAAAGAGGCUGAUUUCAGAGUGGCGACUGCUGGGGAGAAUAUUGCGAAGCAGGUAUUGAGUUCGUAG